AACACCACACUCUCUGUGCUUCUCUUCCAGGCUACCCCAAGUUCCACAACUACUGUACCUACGGGAGGUUUCCGUCUACUGCCGAAGUCGGUGUAGCAAGUUUAUAAUAAUUCUUGAGAACCGCCAAAGUAGGUGAGGCUUCGACAGUUCACACAAAAUCGCUCGUAUCACUGCAUAAUCAGCAGACGAGCCUAAAUCAUCUGCUGUGAAGCUCUCUCAUUCCACAAGAACUAUCCGUACGGAAAGAGCGGAGAUGCCAGCCACACUCGAACCCAUCAGGCGGGUCAAGUGCACGUAUGCAGACUGCGACAUGUCUUUUGACACAGAGAAGAUCAUGAAGAACCACAAGAAGAACUUUGACGAUCACGAAUACUGUCACAAGUGCGACGAGGAUUUUGAAACUUUUGAAGACUACGCCAUGCACAAGAUCACACGGCCUGAGGAGCAUGGACAAGCAUGCCGCGUCUGUGGCGACGAGUUCAAGAGCACGUCUGGCUUAAAGCGUCACAUUGAGCGUAACCACAAGGUUGAUCAGGAGCUUACCUGCAUCGGCUGUCAGAAGUCCUUCUACCGUGCAUGCCUCUUCAUCGAGCACCUCGAGUUUGGUCACUGUGAGGUCAUUCAAGCCUCCCAGUUCCAAGGCCACGUCGUCCAUAAGCAUCUCGUUGAGAAAUAUCUAGAGGAUGGUCCAGCAUGGAACCGAUUGCAGCAAAAGAUGUCCAAGUACGAGGCAGCUAUCGACGUAGAAGAGGUCGGAGGUGUUCUGCUCAGCGAUGACCCCAUCGAUGACAGCGCAGACAUUGAGGACGUCAAAUUCGAGGCGAUCAAGCCCGAUCCUUCCCUAGAAGAGCCACACACUCCGGUCUUCAGCGGUCACUACCCUCCUCUGCCUACUCAGAGCGGGUUCAUGCCGGGCGUAGACAUGGAGGUUGCAUCGAUGAUAGGCGGCAUGUCUCUCAAUGGAGACGUCGAUGUCGACUCUGAUGGCUCAACGGUCAUCAGAUCUCCUGCUGCGUCCAAUUUCCCAACGAUCUCCCCAUCACCUUUCGGACGCGACGCUAUCCAGAGUCAGCAUGGCUCUUUCGUUCAUGAUGGUUCUGAGGUUCAGGGCUCCAGUGUUUCUUCGUCCAAUCAUGAGACCAAGGUUUGGGGCCUUCGCAAGGGCAAAUCAACAGGCUCUAUAUUGUUUCCGAACGCCAAACCCAAAGCUCCUCCCAGUGAAUUCUCUGUCUCUGCACACGAUGAGGCUAUGGAGCAUGCACAUGGUCCCAAUCUCUUUCGUGAUCGCUUCUGGGAUCCGAUGAGUUCCGACUGGAACCCAGAGAGGUUCUACGACUCAAUCGUCAACAAGUACUAUUGUCCAUUCGUCUGCGAGCAAAACUUUGACAUCCGCCAAGAUCUCAACAACCACAUUCUCGUCGACCACCGUAUAACACGCGUGAAGUGCCCCAAAUGCCUCAAGUACUUCAAGUCUGCCACCGCUCUCAUGGCUCACUGCGAAUCCCAUGGCUCUAAAUGUACCAUCAACCAUACUGAUAACUUUGGCGUCUUCCUCGACAGGAUGUCCGGUGGCUUCCUUGGUGUACAAGAGAAGAUCCGCCCUGAUCAUCUCAACACCAGACCCACCUUGCGGAGGAAUGCGGAGACUGGGCAUAUGGAGAUGUACAAGCCGCCUGUUGCUAGUUAUCUGCAGUAUACCGUCACUACGCCUCCGGACUGGAAGAAUCCCGUACACUCGGCCGUACAGAUCGGUGGUAUACCCAGGAAGUCACAGUGGUAAACGAGGGCUCGGUUGUUCAUGACAAGAGGGAUUAAUUCUCGUGGGCGGUGUAUACUUCUGGGUGGACUUUGGUGGGCAAUGAUAGCAAGUGCAUGACACAUUCACUGGCUUUAUGGAGAAUUAUCACAACAGC